AUGACGACAGAUGCAAGACGCCCAAAUGCUGUCAUUAAAAACAGGAUGCCAAAAUACCUCCCUCCGGAACAAGCAUACACACCUACUCAUUCACAACAGAUACUAAGAUCAUCCAGCGACCGCUGGACCAUGUACGAAUUGUUCAGCUGCUUCCGCGGCUUUGGCGCCUCCGGUCCUCGCGACAAGGUCUACGCAAUCCUAGGCUUGGCCCAAAUCGAACACGUGCUUGAUCCCCUGUCCACGGCUCAUUACGAUACAACUUUCACUGUUUUUGAUGUCAUAUGGGACCUUCUUGACGUUGAACUGACUUGCAAAAAGAGUCUCCGAUUCCUCCGUGAUUGCUGCGGCAUCGAAAAGCCCGAGGGCUUCCCGUCAUGGAUGCCGCUCUGGGAUCAUCGCGGAUCUCCACCUCCGACUAUUGGCCAGAACCCAAGGGAGCCAUUGGACUACUUUGAAGAGGAGCCACACGCUGUCUUCAGAGCAGGUGGUGAAACCCAUGCAGUGACCAGGAUGAUCAAGGAUACCAAACAGCUUGCUAUCCAAGGUUUGAUAUGUGGUAUUAUUACAGGCACUGGGGGUAUGCUCGACGCCAACGCACCUGAUCGGGUCAACCCGACUGCACAUCGAUUAGCGUCACGGAAAAAGUGGGCAGAAAUGAUAGGGGUUGAUGCCCUUGAGGAGUUCACACAGACACUGAUCGAACUCCAGACAGCUGGGCAGAUUGCCGGGGAACAAGCAGCAGCUCUGUUCGCACAUUUUUUUAGGGAGCACAUCCAGAAGAAAGAAUUCCUGCAUAGUCGCUUCUUUGAAACGAUGAUGGUGUCUGUAUCCAGCCAAGGUUUUAACUACCUUGUUGACCGACCUGUCGGGACCGAUCAAGUUGAACCUGAAGCUUCUCUCCCAAAUAUCUGCCGGCGCUGGAAUCACCCUCUAAACAAGAACGUCAAUGAAAGGAUUGCUGCGGUUUCCCACGGCCGAAGAUUUUUCACUUGCCGGACACAAUGGUAUACAGAGGGAGAAGAUUGCAUACAAUUCGGCUUGUGUCCUGGCAAUGCAGAGCCAGGCGAUACAGUUGCCAUGUUUCUUGGAUCGGGAGUGCUGCAUGUGAUCAGACCUGUGGGUCUUGAUGGGGAUGGAAAUCCAUCCACCGUGGGGCCUCGUGGGAGAGGCAUAUCUUCACUCGUGGAUAAGCGGCCAGCUUCUUGA